UUCUCCGACCGGCUGUGGUAGUGUCUGCUCCUGUGAAGGAAGUUUCCGCUUUGCACCCCACCCGGAUCACAAUUCGGUUGUAGGACCCGCUCCCUCCCGAUCCACAUCAGUGCAUCCGGAUCAUGGGGCUACCCAAAGGGCCGGAGGGCCAGGGGCUCCCCGAGGUGGAAACGAGAGAAGAUGAAGAACAAAAUGUCAAAUUGACUGAAAUUCUGGAGCUCUUGGUUGCAGCUGGGUAUUUCAGAGCAAGAAUUAAAGGCUUGUCUCCUUUCGACAAGGUAGUGGGAGGGAUGACGUGGUGCAUCAGCACCUGCAACUUCGACGUGGAUGUGGAUCUGCUCUUUCAGGAGAACUCUACCAUCGGGCAGAAAAUCGCUCUAUCAGAAAAGAUCGUCUCAGUUCUCCCAAGGAUGAAGUGUCCUCACCAGCUGGAGCCCCACCAGAUCCAGGGCAUGGAUUUUAUUCACAUAUUCCCUGUUGUGCAGUGGCUGGUGAAGCGAGCUAUAGAAACAAAGGAAGAAAUGGGUGACUACAUCCGCUCCUAUUCUAUCUCCCAGUUCCAGAAGACCUACAGCCUCCCAGAGGAUGAUGACUUCGUAAAGAGAAAAGAGAAGGCCAUCAAGACCGUUGUUGACCUCUCAGACACCUACAAGCCCCGUCGCAAGUACAGACGGCAGCAGGGAGCGGAGGAGCUGCUGGACGAGGAGUCCCGAGUCCACUCCACGCUUCUGGAGUACGGCAGGAGAUACGGAUUUAGUCGCCAGAGCAAAACGGAGAAGGCUGAGGACAAGAAAACCACGCUUGCUGCAGGGCUGUUGGCCACAGAGAAAACGGAUGCUCAUGAAGAAGAUGAGCUUCAAGCAGCUGAGGAGCAGCGCAUUCAGACACUGAUGACCAAGAUGACGACCAUGGCCAGUGAGGAGAGCCGCCUCACAGCAAGCUCCGUGGGCCAGAUCGUGGGUCUCUGCUCUGCUGAGAUCAAGCAGAUUGUGUCCGAGUAUGCAGGAAAGCAGUCCAAGCUGUCUGCUGAAGAAAGUCCAGAAAAGUUAGGAACCUCCCAGCUGCAUCAACGGAAAGUCAUUUCCUUGAAUAAACAGAUUCUGCAGAAGACCAAACAUCUAGAAGAGCUGCAAACGAAUCACACCAGCCUCCAGGCCAAGUACAGUGACAUGAAGAAGACACUGACAGAGCUGAAGAAUCAUGGUGAGAAGCUAGACAAAGAACAGGCAGCCCUGGAGAAAUUAGAAGCCAAAGCCGACCCAAGCAUUCUCCAGAGCCUGAGAGCCCUCGUAGCCAUGAAUGAGAAUCUGAAAAGCCAGGAGCAGGAGUUUAAGGCACACUGCCGGGAGGAGAUGGCUCGUCUGCAGCAGGAAAUUGAGACCCUGAAAGCUGAGAGAACACCAGGCGACAAGACUUCCUCCAGUGGAGAGCCACAGAGUGCCACGACCUCCACCAUGAUUCACAAUGAGGACCUGGACAGACGGUACAACAUGGAGAAAGAGAAGCUGUACAAGAUCCGCUUGUUGCAGGCCAGAAGAAAUCGAGAAAUAGCGAUUUUGCAUCGCAAGAUUGACGAAGUGCCCAGUCGAGCUGAGCUAAUACAGUAUCAGAAGCGAUUUAUUGAACUCUACCGCCAGAUUUCUGCGGUGCACAAGGAAACCAAGCAGUUCUUCACUUUGUAUAACACUUUGGAUGACAGAAAAGUGUAUCUGGAAAAGGAGAUUAGCCUGCUUAACUCGAUUCACGAGAACUUCUCACAAGCCAUGGCCUCCCCUGCUUCCCGGGAUCAGUUUUUAAGGCAGAUGGAACAAAUCGUCGAAGGCAUUAAACAAAACAGAAUGAAGAUGGAAAAGAAGAAACAGGAGAACAAAAUGAGAAGGGACCAGUUGAAUGAUCAGUACCUGGAGCUGCUGGAAAAGCAGCGGCUUUACUUCAAGACCGUAAAAGAGUUCAAAGAGGAGGGCCGAAAAAACGAGCUGCUGCUGUCCAAGAUCAAAGCCAAGGCCUCCUGAGCGUCCAGCUCCACCUCUGUAUGUUGUUGGUACUUUUCUAAUGGCGUGUACAGACUACAGGAUCCCGAAAUGGUUCUGAAAGUGGCCGUGGAGAGAUGCAGGAAGAUUCAUUUCAGCUCUCUGGAUGGGUGUUUUCUUUCUACUGUUUCAUUUCAUCUCUCUUGGCUGCAGCUGGUGGCCUCAGACAGAGUGACACCGUGGCUUGAGUGGCAUCCUAGGACCCUGUGAAGAAUCAUGGGCAGUGCUCAUUCACUCUGUCCACUCAACUUUUUUCUCCAGUAACACUGCAUUUAUGAAGGUACCCGGACUUGUACGGGCCCUGAGAAUAAAGAGCAUUAUGUUCAGCAA